UUCCCGCAGCGGAUCGGACUGUGGAUCGGUUCCUCCAGCUCCAGCGGCCAUGGACGACGAGUUCCUGUCCAAGUUCCCCGCGGCGCUGAGCCCGAACUCCAGCGAGGAGCCGGGCUGGUGGUCCGGCUCCGGGGACGACGAGGAGACGGUGCACUUCGCCGUGCGCUGCGUCAUGACCUCGGUGUACAUCCUGAUCAUCACCGUGGGUCUGGUGGGCAACAUCACCCUGGUGAAGAUCUUCAUCACCAACAGCGCCAUGCGCAGCGUGCCCAACAUCUUCAUCUCCAGCCUGGCGGCCGGGGACCUGCUGCUGCUCGUCACCUGCGUGCCCGUGGACGCGUUCCGCUACCUGUCCGAGGAGUGGGUGUUCGGCGAGGCGGCGUGCAAACUCAUCCCCGUCAUCCAGCUCACCUCGGUCGGCGUGUCCGUGUUCACGCUGACGGCGCUCAGUGCAGACAGGUACAAGGCGAUAGUGAACCCGAUGGACAUCCAGAAGUCCAGUGCCGUCUUCUGGACGUGUCUGAAAGCGGUUUGUAUCUGGCUGCUGUCCGUCCUCCUCGCCGUCCCGGAGGCCGUGUUCUCCCAGGUGGUCAUCAUGCAGGGUCACCGGGAUCAAACCAACAGCACCUUCGUGAACUGCGUUCCGUACCCGCUGUCCAAUCAGAUGCAUCCGAAGAUCCACUCAGUGAUGAUCUUCCUGGUUUACUUCCUGAUCCCUCUCACCAUCAUCUCGGUGUAUUACUACCACAUCGCCCGCACGCUGGUGAAGAGCGCCCAGGACAUGCCGGGGGAGGUCAGCGAACACACCAAGAGACAGAUGGAGACGAGGAAGCGUCUGUCCAAGAUCGUGCUGGUGUUCGUGGGCCUGUUCGCUCUGUGCUGGUUCCCCAACCACGUGCUCUACAUGUACCGCUCCUUCAACUACAACCAGAUGGACGUGUCCCUGGUCCACCUGGUCAUCACCCUGCUGGCUCGCGUCCUCAGCUUCUCCUCGUCCUGCGUCAACCCCUUCGCCCUCUACCUGCUCAGCGAGAGCUUCCGCAGGCACUUCAACAGUCAGCUGCGAUGUGGUCGAGCUCCACGCCCCGAGCGCCAGGCCAGCUACCUGCACAGCACCUCCCACAUCCGCCUCACGUCCGUCAAGAAGAACACGCCCACUGCCCCAGCAGCCAAUGGCAACAGACAGGAAGUGGCCCUGUGAGGAGGGCGGCUGAGUCAGUGAUUGACAGACGGACCCUCCUCUCCCGAGGUCCGUGGACACAUCCUGACUCCUGCAAAGUGUCUUCUGAUUGGUGGAGAAGCUGCACACGCCUCCUACCAGGGGAACGAUUGUACCAGCUGCUCUCCACACGUUGGAUUCCUCAUCCUCAUCUUCAACUUGGCAAACAAACAAGAAGUGCCUCAUGGAAAUACAGGGUCAGAGGUCGAAGGAAACAGAAAUCCACAAAAGAGUUUCCUACGGCCACGGCUCUACAGAUUCAUAAAGUAUGUUUUAUAAAUGUUUGUCUGUUUGUCGGCCGCCUGAUGAGGAGAAGGAUCCGACCCGGAGCAGCGGGGGUUUGAUGCUCAGGACCGUGAGGAUGAACUCUUUGACUCGAUGGGUCGCUCUCUGAACUUAGUCCAGCACCCCCCCGAGGGCUUGAAGCCACCAUGGUUUAGAAAACAUCACUGACAAAAAGUUAAACCAGAGCAAAGAAUUAUUUAAUAGAUUUGCACAGUGUGUAUUUCAGACUUUAUUUAUUGAUGCUGUCUGGACGUGAAGAGGAUAAAACCUGUAACCAUCCAAUCAAAAGACACAAAAAAGUGUUGUUAUUAUUAUUGUCAUUGUGUUGAGUCGUGCCAGUAUUUCCAGCACCAGUGUCACCAGUUCUGUUGAUGGUUUUCAUUCACUCAGGAUUGUAUCUUUCCUUGUUACUGACGAUGUUAUUGCGUUGGUGUGAGACUGUAACACGUGUGUAACUGUAACUGAAGCCAUGACAGAGUGUCUUCUCUCUGGGUCGAGAGCGCGUCACUCAGCAGGAUGUU